AUGCCUCAUAAGUUGGUUGUAUUGGAAGAAGCACAGACAACUAGUUUGCCUGUAACAUAUAUUGAUCUGCUAGUGAUCUCACCCAUCAAGGAGUUAGUUGUAUUUCGUGUAACGCAGACUUCACAGUUUUUUGAACUCAAACGACGAUAUUCAGAGAUAUGUGGAAAACCUGAAUAUAAGAUGACCCUUGUCUUCCGAAAUAGAGUAAUUAGUCCAGCUGUUACUCCUUAUUUACUUUCUAUGAAGAACCGCGAUGUAUUACAAAUUCGCUUUCUGGAUUGA